AUGUUAAUUGUUAUUAUGAAUUUAAGUGCAUGGAUUGAUUUGGAAGGUGUAUUUGCUGAAUUAACAAUAAUGAUUUCAUUUAUACCUGAAGGUUGGACAAUACCAUCAGUAGUAGGUUUAUGUCUUUGUGCCGCGAAUAUCAUGCCUGCAAUAGUCACAUUUUUACGUUGGUAUCAAGGAAAACGAUUUUCUGAGAUUCCAUAUAUUUAUAUCAUUAUUAUUAUUGGUAUUGUUUCAUGUUGUGUAUUGGCUUUCUCCUGGCAUAAAACUACAUAUUUAUUUGGUCGUGAACGAAGUUUAUGGUUGAUUGGAUGUGUUUUCGCUCUAGCUCUACUUGAUAGUACAUCAUCUCUUGUCUUUUUUGAUUAUAUGAAACGAUUUCAGAUUCGAUAUUUGACGGCAGUAUUUUUAGGCGAAGGAUUUACAGGUGUCAUUCCUACACUAUUGUUAUUAGCACAAGGCAGUGCAGGUGAAGCAAUUUGUGCACAAAGUAGUAAUGGUACUACAUUGGAACCUACUUUUACUCAACCACGUUUUAGUGUUACUGUUUAUAUGCUUCUUAUUACAAGUAUUAUCAUUGCAUCACUUAUUGCAUUUCUUCUACUACGUUGGACAAAUAUAGUCAUAUUAGCUGAUGCUGUAGAGCCGGUAAUAUAUGUUCGAAACAAUCUUUCUAUAAAGAAAGUUAUUUCUCAAUCAAAAUUAAAUAAAUAUUACUUUCAUCAUUGUGAAAAUUGCAUCGAAUUUCAACUUGAAAAAAGUGAAUUUUCAUCAGAAGAAUCGAAAUUAAGAUAUAUGCCUCGGAGGGUUAGUCACAGAAAGGUCGAAGGGAAAAAUAUCGAAGCUAGAAAAGCAUGGGAAAAAGUAAUGUCUCCGGAGUAUAAGUGUACGUGAAGAGAAGGCUUAGUCACUUCAAAUUUCGAUUAAGUUUAUCACUGUUUGCUUGCUUAACAAAAUGCCAUUUGUUUAGAAAAAAAAGUAGAAAAUAAUUUUUUUUUUCAUGCAUGAUUUUUCUCAUGGCGCAUCUCAGAAUUCUCGAUGGAACUUCAUGGUAUCUAAUCAUUUUUUUUAUUUUGUUAUAUUUAGAGAGCUUGUUUGAGGCAUUGAACUCAUCAUGAUUUUCUUGCGGUAAAGAGUAAGAGUCGAAAAAAAGGGCUCUAUCAAGAGACGAUGGUGUUUCGAGAAUUCUGAGAUGCGCCAUGAGAAAAAUCA